AUGUCGUCGACAACAAUCUCCCAACCCAUGGUCAUCGUGGCUCGCUUUAUGCAAUGGGCAAGUGCAGUCAUAGUAAUGGGUAUCACUUCCUACUUCAUGCAUAACUGGCCGAAGGGAGAGCACACCAUCUAUCAAGAAGUUAUCUCAACAAUUUCUGUUGCGUUCUUCCUGCCCGGCUUCAUUUCUCCGUUUAUGCCCAAUAUCCUUAGCAAAUAUGUUUUGGGUAUAGACGUCGUUUUCUCCUACUUGUGGUUGACGGCAUUCAUUUUUGCCGCUCAAGACUACAACUGGCGGAAUUGCGCCAUCAAUGCUCCUAUUGGGGCCAACUGUGCUAUAAAGAAGGCUAAUGAGUCAUUUAUAUUUCUGGCCUUUAUCUUCACGUUCUUUGCAAUUUUCCUGGAAUUGUUCAACCUCUGGUCCCACCGCAAGGAGAACGACGUAACUGCGAGGGCGAAGAGCGGCCACCAUGCUCACAACGGGAGCGGGAGCGCCGAGACCGCUUGA